AUGCCGGUGAUGAAGGGGUUGCUGGCCCCGCAGAACACGUUCCUGGACACCAUCGCCAGGCGCUUCGAUGGCAGCCACAGCAACUUCAUCCUGGCCAACGCUCAGGUUCACCGCGGCUUCCCUAUCGUCUACUGCUCUGACGGCUUCUGCGACCUCACCGGCUUUGCCCGCACCGAGGUCAUGCAGAAAAACUGCAACUGUUGCUUCCUGUACGGGCCCGAGACCAGCGAGUCCGUCCUGCAGUUCAUCGAGAAGGUGCUGGAUGGGAGGCAGGAGUACCAGACUGAGGUCUGCUUCUACAAGAAGGGCGGAGCCGCCUUCUGGUGCCUGCUGGACAUCGUGCCCAUCAAGAACGAGAAGGGGGAGGUGGUUCUCUUCCUCAUCUCCUUCAAGGACAUCACGGAGAGCCGGGGCAAGAGCCACCCGGGCGACAGGCGAGAUGAGAAGCACCGGAGCAAGAAGGCAGGGAGCUCCCACCUGCGGGUGGCACGCAGGCAGGGCCGGACGGUGCUGCACCAGCUCACCCGCCAGUUCACCGGCAAGGAGAGGGGCGAGAUGAAGAUCAACAGCAGCGUGUUUGGGAGCAAGCCGUCCCUUCCUGAGUACAAAGUGGCCUCAGUGCAGAAAUCCCGCUUCAUCUUGCUGCACUACAGCGUCUUCAAGGCCCUGUGGGACUGGCUCAUCCUGCUGGCCACCUUCUACGUGGCCGUCACCGUCCCCUACAACGUCUGCUUCACCGGCACCGAGGACAGUCUGACUGCUGCCCGCAGCACCAUCGUCAGCGACAUCGCCGUGGAGAUGCUCUUCAUCCUAGACAUCAUCCUGAACUUCCGCACCACCUACGUCAGCCAGUCGGGGCAGGUGGUGUACGACUCCCGCUCUAUCUGCAUCCACUACGUGGCCACCUGGUUCUUCGUGGACCUGAUCGCAGCCCUGCCCUUCGACCUCCUCUAUGCGUUCAAUGUGACCGUAACCUCGCUGGUGCACCUGCUGAAGACUGUGCGUCUCUUGAGGCUGUUGCGCCUGCUGCAGAAGUUGGAUCGCUACUCCCAGUACAGCGCAAUGGUGCUCACCCUGCUCAUGUCCAUGUUCGCCCUGCUCGCCCAUUGGCUGGCCUGCAUCUGGUAUGUGAUCGGCCAGAAGGAGAUGGAAAGUAACGACCCUCUAACCUGGGACAUCGGCUGGCUCCACGAGCUGGGCAAGAGGCUGGAGACGCCCUACAUCAACAGCUCCAUGGGGGGCCCGUCCAUCCGCAGCACCUACAUUGCUUCCCUGUACUUCACCCUCAGCAGCCUCACCAGCGUGGGCUUCGGCAACGUCUGCGCCAACACCGACGCGGAGAAGAUCUUCUCCAUCUGCACCAUGCUGAUCGGGGCCCUGAUGCACGCCGUGGUGUUCGGCAACGUCACAGCCAUCAUCCAGCGCAUGUACUCCCGCCGUUCCCUCUACCACACCCGCAUGAAGGACCUCAAGGACUUCAUCCGCGUGCACCGCCUCCCGCAGCAGCUCAAGCAGAGAAUGCUGGAGUACUUCCAGACCACCUGGUCGGUGAACAAUGGCAUCGAUGCCAAUGAGCUGCUGCGCGACUUCCCCGACGAGCUGCGGGCCGACAUCGCCAUGCACCUCAACAAAGACAUCCUACAGCUGCCGCUCUUCGAGACGGCCAGCCAGGGCUGCCUGCGUGCCCUCUCCCUGCACAUCAAGACCUCCUUCUGCGCACCCGGCGAGUACCUGCUGCGCCAGGGCGAUGCCCUGCACGCCCACUACUUUGUCUGCUCCGGCUCCCUCGAGGUCCUGAAGGACAACAUGGUGCUGGCCAUCCUGGGCAAAGGGGACCUGAUCGGGGCUGACCUGCCCAGCAAGGACCAGGUGAUCAAAACCAAUGCGGACGUUAAGGCGCUGACCUACUGCGACCUGCAGUACCUCACCCUGCGCGGCCUGGUGGAGGUGCUGGAGCUGUACCCCGAGUACUCCAGCAAGUUCAUGGGUGACAUCCACCAGGACCUCACCUUCAACCUGCGGGAAGGCAGUGAGAUCGAGGGGCUCCUGCGAUUUCCCAGAUCCCCUCGGUUAUCCCAGCCUCGCCACGACUGCGGCGCCAGCCCCGAGAAGCCCCUCCACUCCAUCCUGGAGGAUGAGGAGGAGCCCGACAACGUCUUCCACCCUUCGCCUGCCAGCCUGACCCACCACAAGCUGCUGCUGCCCACCCUGCACAGCCCAGUGCGACGAGGCUCCCUCAGCAGCCUGCUGGGCGACGAGCUGCGCCAGUUCUCAGCUCUGCGCCGCACCUGUCGCUCCCCUGCCCGGUGCAGCCAGGGCAGGAGCCCCUCUCCACGGUGUCUGAGAGACGGCGAGAGCAGCAACGGCCGCAAGCCAGCCAAGCUUCUGAUCCCCUCCCUGCAUACCUCCGGCCCCCCGGACCUGAGCCCCAGGGUCGUUGAUGGGAUCGAGGAUGAUGGCGGGACGUCGGAGAUGCAAACCUUCCAUUUCAACGUGGAGCCGCCUCGGCAGAGUUUGGUUGUAGACUCGCCGACGUCCGGGACGGAUAAGGCCAGCCCAGCCUUAGGCGCAGAAGCAGAGGAGAUGAAGCAGAACGUCAGCAGACUGAACCAAGAGAUCAAUAACCUCAACCAGGAAGUUUCCCACCUCAGCCGGGAGCUGCAGCGCAUGAUGCACCUGCUCCGGAGCCAGCUGCUGUGCACCCCAGCCUUGGCCUGCCCCUACGGCCUCCCUGUGCUCUCCUCCCCGCCCCCGAAACCCAGCAGCAGGAGCGAGCAGCCGCCCAGACUGUCCCCGGCAGCAGUGCCGCCUCUUACGCCUUUGGCUCACGCCUCCAUCUUGGUGCCGCCGUCACCACCGCCGGGGGAUGCGGGAGUCUCUCCCGGCACCACCUCUGCUGAGGUCCCUGGCUCCUGGAGCUCGCCCCCAGCCAGCUCCCAGGAGCUGGAGGAGCUCCACGCUCCCAGAGACUCACCCCAUUGCUGCCUGCCCCGGGCGGAUGUGCGUGGGGCCCACCUCCCACGGACACAAGCUGCCCCGCUCUGUGGUCAGACUCCUAGUCUUUCCUACUCGCUCGCAGGCUCCCCGGUCCUGUGCCCUCUGCCCGCGCCCCCUGCCGGCCCUGGCCCAGCCUUCCUCAACUGCGCCGCUCAGAGCCACCCCCCGCCACACUUCUGCUGCAGAUCAGACUCGGAAAGCUUCCAUUGACGCCCCCCUGCCUUCUGCCCAUAACCCCCUGCCAUGCCCCCGCCUCUCGUACCGCUCGCCUGGGUGCUGCAGCCAGCCGAGCAAAUGGAGCGCGCUGGGGUGGGGGCCUCACCAGCAGUUCCCGGUGGUGUCGCUGGGAUGAGGCCUCCCUUCUGCCAGCGUCAAUUUUCCUUCUCUCUGCAGGCGUAAUUGCAAGAGUUGGGGGCCGGGCAGGGGGGUGGACGAGAGCCCCCCCUGCGGCUCUUCCAGGGCACUUCCUGCUCCAACUGUGACCCCACCUGCUCACAGCGCAGUGGAACUGGCGCAUUUUCUACAAAAUGACAGUUUCUGUUUGUGAUGAGGAAUUUAUUCUGAGAGCCUUAGAACUUCUCGGAGGACUGAAAGCACAAGCCUGUCCUCUGACCCCCGGACCAGCCCCGUGGGCGCCCUGCAUGCCUGGAGCACCCCACCAAGCCAGAAAGUCUUGCCCGCUGUGUGUGUGAAGUGAAGGAAGUAGUUGGCAUUGGAGUUCACAGUUGAAUAGGUAUCAAGUUGAAGGUGACUUAACAUCUUUAGAGGAAAGAAGAGCUCAAAAUAAUUGAGAUGUGCUGCUUGUACUAGAUCAAACUGGCAGAAGAGACAAUGUAUCUGAACCU